AUGAGGGCUCUGUAUCACCUCAUCGACGAUGAGGGUCACUACAUCAAGCCUCAUACAAUACUUGCGACCGGCGAUGCAGCAGUUGUUGUCCAACGAGAGGAUGUGGCAAUCAAAAUGGCAGUGGUGUACAAGAAUAAUACGCUGGAGGAAGUGGAACAGAACCGAAGCAAGAUCCGACGAGAGCAAGAAGUCUGGCGGCGUCUUCAGCCCGACUUCAAUACCCCAGUGGAAGGGAUCGUUCAUUGCCUCGACCUCCCCGGAGAUACCAUAGAGAUGAGAUACAUGUCCGGAGGUACGUUGUCAAAGUGGCUGCGGCACAGGGCACGACCCAGCAUCGAGCUUCAGAAGCGCUGGUUUCGCCAGCUUGCCAUCGGCCUUCAUAACCUCCACCAAUCUUGCGUCAUUCACAGUGAUAUUCUCAGCCGUAACAUCCUGCUGGAUGGUUCAUUGAACGUCGCAAUUUGUGACCUUGGUGCGUCGAGUAUCAUGCCCAUCGACGCCGUCCUGGCAGAUGCGGUGGAUGAUUAUAAUUGUUCCAUAUGGACGGAUCUCUGCCAGCUAGGCAUCGUGUUCUACGAGAUUGCCACUGGGAGACGGACUAGUGUCAGUCUCUAUCACCACAGUGGCAGUGAUGACUCUGUCGCCAGGUUUCCAUCCCGGGAUAUGCUUCCCGCCCUGGGCAAGCAAAUCUGGGCCCGGGAUAUCAUCGAGACCUGCUGGAGGGAGGGUGGAUAUGGGGCUGUAGGUGCAGUGGGAAUUCUGGCAAAGCUGGAUAAAAUGCAAGGCUCGCGUCGUCGCUGA